CUUUGCAAUUUCUCGCUUCCCUCUCCUUCUCCCUCGCUCUCCACCUCCUCCUCCACCUCCUCUCAAAUCCCGCUCGCCCCGCGCGCGCCUCCCUGCUCCGCCUCCCUCCGCCGCCGCCGCCUCGACAUGGCGGAUCCUUACUGGCGGCCGUUCGGCGACGCCCGCCCCCGCCUUACCAGCCUCCCCCGCCGCCGCCUUCCCCACGCCAAGCGCCCCCGGGCCGAAUUCGAUGUUCCUACAGGCGCUGUGCAUGAUAUCCAGGGUUAUCUUCCCAUGGAUGAUAAUAGAGGAGCCUACCCUGGAAUCCACGAUACCGAGAAUCUUGGAGCUUCCUAUGAUCUUUAUCUGCAUACUACUCAAAUGUCGCCAUUUAGUGGGGCACAACCAACUGGACUGGUAGGUGGAGGUUCAUCUGCUCACUCCUUUGAUGACUUACCUAUGGGGGGACCCGCAGGAUUGGGCCAAAUGACAACUAUGGCAGAAAGGACCUUGCCCUUCGAAGGCUGGACGGGUGACGCUCCCCUUCCACCUGAUGCUUCGAAUACACUUUUUGUGGAGGGCUUGCCUCCAAAAUGCAGCCGGCGGGAAGUUUCUCAUAUCUUUCGACCUUUUGUUGGCUACAAGGAAGUAAGACUUGUGAACAAGGAAUCACGGCAGACUGGGAAAAAUCCUGUGAUGCUCUGUUUUGUUGAUUUUGCGAGUCCAGCCCAUGCAGCCACUGCCAAGGAUGCUUUACAAGGUUAUGUCUUUGAUGAGAAUGAACGUGACUCGGUCAGACUGAGGCUGCAAUUUGCUCGCUACCCUGGUGCAAAGUCAGGUGGGGGGUAUCGUGGAAAGCGCUAAUUUACAUUGUCUUGCAGGAAUCACAUGUAUUUGGGAGGGUACAUACUUUAUAAGCGAUGAUAAAGAGCCUUGCCGUUUCGAGAGUUAUACAAAUUUCCAAACUGGCGGUUUGAUAGGACCAACAUGAACUGAAGUUUUUGUUAGGACUGGCAUAAGCCGCAUGUCUCAUUAUCCAUAUUUAUAGCUACAGAACUGAUAGUCUUUUCUGUUGGAGCUGCAGAUUAUGUUUAUCUUUGUAUGUGACUUAAUUGUUGUAGGCAUUUUGUUAUGUCCUUGAACUUAUAUAUAGUUGACCAUCUGAAGACUUUAUUGCCUUC